AUGCCGCCCGAUCUCAACUCCCUCCCGCCAUCCCGCUCGACCACGUCCUCGCCUCUGCAGCCACGCAACUGGCCGUCGUCUGUCGAAGGGAACAGCAACAGCAGCAAUAACAAUAGCAGCAAUACCCGAUCGCCUUCUCCACGACCCCCUGCUGCGGCGGACCUCUCGCACCGGCCAUCUCUCGGCCAUGGCAGCUCUCCGCACAACAGCAACAGCAACAGCCGACCGUCCAUCUCGGACAGUCGCCGUCGUUCGGGCAUCGGCAUGCACCUCAACCUGAACGAGCCGGCUGGGGAUCCGAGUGAGCACCGGUCCUCGCUCAGCCAUGCGUUCCGCACCGCCAGUCCGACCAGCCUGGGAGGCAGCCCGGUCAUUGCGACGGGCGAUCCGCAUCACCAGCGCGCGCCCUCGUUGGGCGAGAUCCACCAGGAGCUUGAGCAGGAGCAGGAGGCGCAAGUGAAUCGACUACUCCAAAUGAUCCGCCAGCAACAGAUCCAGCUCCAGCAGCUGCAGCAACAGCAGCAACAGCAACAGCAACAACAGUCAGCAAGCUCAGGGACCGCCGUCGUGGACGACUCAACACCCAACUCGGAGCGGUCGGCGUCGUUUCCCUCCGUCCCGCCGCUCCCGGUGCCGGGGAGUCGAUCGUCGAUGCAAAUCCAUCAGUCGCUCUCGACGCGUCGGGGGUCUCGGACGUCGAGCCAGGCGCCGUCGCCCAGUCUGCAUCCCACCGGAUCGGCGCAGCCAUCGUCGGCGAUUGAUCCGGCGCAUGCCAGCUACAGCUCCGAGUGGUCGGGGUUGGGCGGGGGGAACGAGUCGGGGCAGUCGGGGCAGACGGGACAAGGCCGUCGCGGCAGCCGGGACGAGAGUGCGUUCUAUCAGGCAGAGGCGGCCAUGUUGGCUCGCGAGAACCAGAUGCUUCGGAUGCGGAUUCGGGAGCUGGAGCGGCAGAUUGCUGAGCUGUCGACGAACCAGUCUGCCAACAGCGGGUCGGAGGCGACUUCGCAGGAGCCGCAGGAGCAGACUACGCGGGAAUCAACUACGCAGGAGUCAACUGCGGAGGAGGCACCGACUGCACAAGCAGAAUUGGCAGACGAAGCCGAGAAGACUUGA